AUGAGGUACUUCCUAGGAAUUGAAGUUAUACAAAGUGAUAUAGGAAUUUUCAUUUGCCAAAGACAUUAUGCCCGUGAGAUGUUAGCUCGGUUCAACAUGACAGAAUUUAAUCCAGUUUGCAAUCCAAUUGUGUCAGGCACUGUACUAUCCAAAGAUGAUGAAGGAACAUUAGUUGAUGCCACCAAAUUUAAACAAGUUGUUGGUAGUCUCAUGUACCUAACCGUUACUCAACUAGACGUAAUGUUCAGAGGAAGUCUAAUUAACAGGUACAUGGCUACUCCAAAGGCAUCACAUUUGGCUACCACAAAGCAAAUUCUGAGGUAUGUAAAAGGUACCAUUGAGUACAGUAUUCUAUACCAAAAGGGUGGAAAAACUAAAAUCACAGCCUACAGUGAUAGUAACUAUGAUGGGGAUUUGGAUGAUAGACAAAACACUUAUGGAGCAAUAUUCAUAAUAGGAUCAGGGGUUAUAUCAUGA